AUGGACUCGUUUGACAGUACAAUUGCCUCUCCCACAAAAGCGCGUCAGGCUGCGAUCCAAGCCAAAGACUGGGCAUAUGUUAAUUCCUGGCUCACCCGUCAAUACGCACCAAAGCCGAUACCCCAAUUCGAGCGCAACGAGGAUACACUUCGAGUUCUCCUGACAUUAGCCGCUGCCAAUGAUGCCGCAGACGAAGAAUCAGCCAUAAAGCACCGAGCACGAGAGGAUGCUAUUAAAGCUUUCAAGGCGCAGGAAGAAGCCGAGCGCAAAGACCCGCAUGAGCGACAAAAGAACGAGCUUCUAGACGAAGUAGAGAUGUGCCUAGAUGACAAAGGACGGCGUGAUCUCGAUGAUUUGGCCGAGUCGGCACUUGAACUGGGCAACACACUAAAUCCCGAGCCGGAAGACUUGAGUCAAUCGAUCGUGGAGCUGACGGUGGAGGAGUUCGAUAUGCAAACCCAAAUGCAUAAAGUGGAGACGCUGCAUCAGUAUCUGCAGAAGGAGCUUUCGCGACUGCGGGAAGAUCUGGAGAAUUUGAAGUCGGAUAAAGCAUUUGACGUACCGCCUAAUACACAAUCUUUGACCUCGGAAUGGAUACGAGGCACGAAGACGCUGUCUACAAAAGUCGGAGAGUAUCAGGAUCGCAUUACUUCGUUAGAGAGGAGUCAGCCGCAAGGUCCUACAAUUGAGCAGCUGAUUACGGAGGAAGAAGGGAUAAUUCGGUUCCGGGAGAUUGUCAAGUCACUUGAAGGUCGGGUGAAGGCGUUCCACGAUUUGCCUACUGAUGUUGUAGGAGCCCGGGCGAAGUAUAAGGAAUUAGAGCGAGAACUGGGGCAACUCACCCGGCAGAGAGAUGCAAUGUUGGCAACCUGA